UUUUUUUUUCUCGAUAAUUAAUCUGAAAAUGGAAUCAUCAUCACCAAUGGCAAAGAUGCUAAUAUUCGUGUUUAUUUUAUUUAUAAACGCCAACGCUUCGGUACAUUCAACGCCGAUUGUUUUGACAGAAAAAAUGAAUCCAUCAAAUAAUAGCUCAGUUUUUGUGACCACAGAAUCGACAAUUCGCGUAUCACCAUCGACAACAAGACAACAGCCGCAAAUAAUAACAACAAAAAUAAACAACAACAACAACAAAAAUGAAAGUAAUAAUCGAUUAAAUUUAAAUGCAAAUCCAUCAAAUGUUUAUCGUUUUGAUUUAUUGGAAAAUGGUGGCAAAAUAAACCUACACCAAUUGUCAUCAUCAAUAUCGAAAAAAAAUAUGGCCAAGAGAAUUAUUUUCAAUGGAAAUGAUGUUGUGCAACCACAAUCACAUCAAAUAUUAACGAAUGGUAAUAAUAACAACAAAAUUUAUCAUGGAACAAAAUCUAUAACAACAUCAACAACAACAACAACAACAACAAAUACAAAUCAAAAUGAAGAUAAAAAUUGGUUACUGACCAAAGCAUGGCUUAUUGAUAAUAUAAAUAGAUUACGUCGUGAUUUAAAUGAAUUACAACGUGAUUAUAGUAAACAUGUGGACAUAGUACAUGGUGAUAAUCUAAAUAAUCAAAAACAAUUGAUUGAAGAUGUGGCCAGAAUAAGAGCUGAUCAUCAAUUUUUAUCACAACAACAAAAACAGAUAAUUUAUCUGAUUAAACGUAGUCAUUAUUUUAAAACAAAAUCAAAUGAUUUGAAAUUGAAAAUCAAAAUGGCUAAUGGUGUGCCUGUACAACAAUAUCAAUCUUCAUCAUUGAAUAACAAGGCUACAUGGAUGGAUGUGACAACAAUAAAAUCUACAAAAAGGCCAAUAAUGAAACGAGAUAUACGUACAACA